AUGGCUGACAAGGACGAGAUCAUCAGCGUGGCGACACCCGCCCAGCCUGCCAAAGAUGCCCCCGAGUCCAAGGUGGGAGAUGUUCUCCAAUCUCAGGGAGUGACUCGCAUGGAAGCAGUCUACCGCGAAGCAAAGACAAACCGGACAACCUUGUGGCUCGUCGGUAUAUCGGUCUUGGUGUGCGCCUGGGCCUACUCGCUCGAUUCUUCGACGACCUACAACUACUCCAUCGAUGCGUCGUCGUAUUUCAAGCAGCACGGCUCGGUCCUUUCAACUCUGUCUAUCGCUACGAGCAUCAUCAGCGCUGUAAGCAAGCCGUUUAUCGCCAAGAUCUCCGACAUCACCUCCCGUCCCUAUACAUACAUCCUCACAUUGUUCUUCUACGUGAUUGGUUAUAUCAUUGUCGCGAGCAGCAGGAGCAUUUCCGCCUAUGUGAUCGGUGAAGUCUUCGUUGCGAUCGGUAGUUCAGGCCUGGAUCUGACCAACGAUAUCAUCGUCGCUGAUCUGACGCCUCUCGAAUGGCGUGGCUUUGCCAGCUCAAUGCUUUCCACCCCCUUCAUCAUCAACACCUGGUUUGCCGGGAAGAUCGUCGAUGCUAUUGAUAGCAAGGACCAGUGGCGAUGGGGGUAUGGAAUGUUCGCUAUCAUCAUGCCUGUGGCCCUGGGUCCUGCUAUUGCCACUCUCAUCUGGCUUGAUCGCAAAGCGAAGAAAGCUGGCAUCGUGAAUCUGGCAUCAUCCAACGCAGCUCGGCGAGCGGCCCGUGAUCUUGCCGAGAAAGAUGGCACGGAGGCACCUCAUGGUGCCGUAGUAGCUGUUGCUGCUGAUCCGUCGGAGACUUGGCUUCAGACUCUUAACCGUAACUUGGAAGAGAUUGAUGCUCUUGGCCUUGUACUCCUUGGAUUCGGUUGGUCUUUGCUUCUGUUGCCAUUCUCACUGAAGACGUAUGCCGACCAUGGUUGGCGUAAUCAGUCACUCAUUUCUAUGAUGAUUGUGGGCGGUCUUCUCUUGGUCGCUUAUGUUGUCUAUGAGAUCAAGUGGGCUCGUGUGCCUAGUGCGCCUCGGCGGUUGGUGUUCAACAGGACUUUUAUCAUGGCUAUCAUUAUCGAUAGCAUUUACAUGCUUGCCGGAAGCAUGCGCAGUCUAUACUGGAGCUCGUACGUCUACGUCGCCAAGUCAUGGAGCUACCAGGACUGGGUGUACUACAACAACACCCUCACUCUCGCCCUUUGCAUCGCAGGACCGAUGGUCGGUCUCCUCCACCGUUGGACACACAGAUACAAAGCCAUCCAAAUCACAGGCCUGAUGAUCAAACUCAUUGGAAUGGGAAUCAUGCUCGACGGCAACAAGGCAACAUCCAACACAGCCGCAAUGGUAAUGUCAAUGAUAUUAGUCGGCUUCGGUGGCUCGAUGUCUGUUGUUGGCUCUCGGGUCGCAUCUCAAGCGUCCGUCCCUCACCAAGAUGUCGCCCUCGUCAUCUCCCUCUUAUCGCUGUGGUCGAAAAUUGGAAAUGCCAUCGGAGCCGCCAUUGUCGCUGUCAUAUGGGCUGAUCAGAUGCCCAAGCAGCUGCGUGAGCAUUUGCCUGCUACAGCGACCGAUGCUGAUAUCAAGAAGCUGUUUGGUGUCAUCACUUCUAUUCGCAAGAAUUACGCUUUCGAUGAUCCUAUGCGUGUCGGUGCUGUGCUCGCUUACCGCCGUGCCCUCUACUAUUGCAUUGCUCCUGCACUGGGCAUCGCUUUCAUCCCGCUGAUUGCUGCAUUCUUCCAGAGCAAUUACUUUUUGGGUAAAUCGCAGAAUGCGGUCACUAAUGUCGGAAAUGAUGGAUUGCCGUUGGAGGAGAAUGAUCGGGAUCCUGAAUUGGCACCCCCGAAAAACAAGAGGGAGGCAUUCUUGCGCUUCUGGGCUGGAAAAUAG